CGCCGCACAAACUCUGAGCCUCGUCGGCUUCGGCUCCGCCAUUCGCGCCACCGGUCGAUGGCUCUGCCGGCAGCAGGCAGGACGGUGCCUUUCCCGCCGCAACCGCACACCGGCGCCGGCAGCCUCCGGCGGCCAUCGCGGCCGCCUGCCGCCGCUCUGCGCCUCGGCCUGCCCCUCUUCUGGCCGUGGGAGAAGGUGAAAAUCGGUCCCCUAUCCGUUUCGCCUAUGGGAUUUGGAACAUGGGCUUGGGGUAAUCAGCUACUUUGGGGCUAUCAACAAAGCAUGGACAAUGAACUUCAGGAGUGCUUUAAUUUGGCUCUGAAGAAUGGCAUAAACAUUUUUGACACUGCUGACUCUUAUGGAACUGGAAGGUUGAAUGGUCAGAGCGAAAGGCUCCUUGGUACAUUUAUCCGCGAGUUCGAAGGGCCAAUGAAAUCCCCUGAUGAUGUGAUCAUUGCAACCAAGUUUGCAGCAUAUCCUUGGCGUCUAACAUCGGGCCAAUUUGUCAGCGCCUGCAAGUCUUCAUUGGAAAGAUUGCAGCUUGAUCGGCUAGGGAUAGGGCAGCUGCAUUGGUCUACGGCUAACUAUGCACCAUUGCAGGAGCGUGCUCUUUGGGACGGUCUAGUUGAGAUGUAUGAAAAGGGUUUGGUUCGUGCUGUCGGUGUCAGCAAUUACGGGCCCAAGCAGCUUCUGAAGAUACACAGCUAUCUAUCAUCUAGAGGUGUUCCAUUGAGCUCAGCUCAGGUUCAGUACUCACUACUGAGCAUAGGCGAUGAGCAGAUGGAGCUGAAAACUGUGUGUGAUUCUUUGGGCAUUCGUCUGAUUUCUUACAGUCCACUUGGAUUAGGGAUGCUGACAGGGAAGUAUACUACUUCUAACCUUCCAAGUGGACCAAGGUCUGUGUUGUUCCGGCAAAUUCUUCCUGGGUUGGAGUCUUUGCUGAAUUGUCUGAAAAGUAUUGCAGAAAGGAAGGGCAAGACCAUGUCUCAAGUGGCCAUAAAUUGGUGCAUCUGCAAAGGCACAAUUCCUAUCCCAGGUGUGAAAACAGUCAGGCACGUCGAGGAUAACUUGGGAGCUCUGGGCUGGAGGCUGAGCCCUGCUGAAGUUUCAGAGCUCGAAGCCGCAGCAAUGGAGUCCCCGAAGAAAAUGGUCCAGAACAUAUUCCAAACUGCAUAGGGAUCUCUCCAUACCAUAACUA